AUAUAUAUAUAUUUAUAUAUAUACAUAUUUUAUUUCUAACAAUCAUGGCUAAUGCGGCUGCAUCUAUAAAGGACAUGGAGAAGCACUCGAAUAAACAAUAUUUGCCACCAUUUAUCGGUGCCCCUUCGGAACAGACAGAGGCAGAGACGACAGCGGCCAGCAAGGAGCCGCAGGUGAAGGAACAGCUGGUGCCAAUGGCCGUUAACAAAAGUGAUCCCGAGCCAAAUUCGGUUGGCAUGGAGCUGGAUAAUCCUUUCUGGAUUUCCGUCAGUGGCUAUCAGCCGGAUUGCGCCUAUUUGGUAUAUCGUUUCUUUCUCGAUAUCGGACACAUUGUGGACAAGAGUUUCACAGAAACAAAUUUAAUGUAUCUGAAGUAUUUCUGUAUGAUGGAUUGCGAAAUUGCGCUUAGCUACGAUGGCCAAAAGAUCGGCUAUGGUGGCGAUAUACUCGUACACGUCAAGCCGGAGAAUCCUGUGCGGCAGACCCGAAUCGAACCAACAAUAGAAAAGAUUACGCAGCCAGCCGUAGGCAUCGCUGCUAACGAUCAGCCCGAUGUAGGCCUAUCGCCUUUGUGUCUUGUCGAUACCGACACAGAGAAGCUGAAGAAGCUAAAGCAGCUAGAGAAGCUUGAGAAACAGCCAAAGGUUGUGGAAGAAGUUGCCGCCAAGCAGGCAAAAGAGAAACCAGAGAAACUGUCACUGAUUAUGGAAGAGGCUGCCAAGCAGCCAGAAGAGAAUUCAGAGAAACUCUCACAGGAUGUGGAAGAGGCUGCCAAGCUGGCAAACGAGAAGCCAGAAACAUUGCCAAAGAACGUGGAAAAGGCCGCCUCUUCCAAGCUGGCAAAAGAUCAGAAGCGACAAGUGGCUCGCAGGAAGUUGACUUUUGGGCAAUGGCUGAAGCAUAAGAUAUCCUAUAUAUUUUAUUUUUACUGAGUAACAGUUUUGUUUUGUUAGUUUAGUUGAAAUUGCAAACUGAUGAACAGCAUUAAAAAUCCAUUUCACGAUGGAAAA